UUUUCUUCAAGAUGGCGGGGCUGCAGUUGAGGCAGUAUGGCGCCGCGUUUAGAAUAUAACAAUUUAGAAAGGUAGCCUUGUGUCCAAUAGAAGACAGUCGUGUCAUAUUUAUCGCUUCCAGAAGAUACCAGUGGAGGAUGAUCAGUGCCUAGAUCCCAUAUUAAGCUGAAUGCAUUGUGAUUUCCAAUAAUUGAGACAGUGAUUCUGAAAGCUGUCUACAUUAAUGAAAAGAACAAUGUAGUCAGCUUAGCAUUUUCACCUCUGGUACGUGGUCUUGACAGGGAUGUGCUUCUGCAUGCAUUCUGGCUUUAGAUAAGCAGAGUCUCUGAACAGGUCAGAUUUUUAGAAUACAUCAGUUUGUGUAAAUCGUAGUCUAUUUAGAAAGAGGAAAUGGAGAUAGAUGAUGUGCUACCCCCUCUCCCCUUGGAGCCACCUGAUGAUUUUAGCCAAGAUGAGGGCAGAGCACCUCCACCACCUCCCCUGCAAACGUCCAGUGACGCAGAGGUAAUGGACGUUAGCUCUGGUGGUGAUGGAUACACAUACACCCCAGGGGACGGGGAAGCCGAGCCACAGCAGCCCCUCAGCACGGGCUCUAUAACUUUCUAUAACCACCUCUCAGAUGAGGCUAAUCCCAACACAACGUGCCCCAGAACAGCCCGCCACGCUCCCCCGGUCACCGGGUUCCUACCAAACCUCAAGCUGCUCAGAGAUGUUAAGAUCCGUGUAAGCUUCACCGAAAGCAGCAGCAGCAGCAGCAGCAGCAAUAGCAAAGACCGGAAGGUUCUGUACACGGGCGAAGGGCAGGAGCGAGGAAGUGAUGAUGGCUUAGACAACAUUAAUGGUGAGUUGCAUGACUCCACUAGUGAGCAGGAAGCAAGUGAGGGAUGCUUCGGGGAAGGGAACAUAGCGGACAGAACAGCAGAGGAGGCAGAUGUAGACAUGGAGAGUAAGGUAGAGUUUGCUGUCCUGGAUGAGUUGGAUGACCUCUACGAGAACUUCCUGGAUAAUGACGACGCAGAGCAUGGUGGCUUUAAGUCUGAGGUCAUAGCUCAGCAGGAGCAAGGGGAUGAGGAGGCCGUGGCUUUCUCCUAUGAGGAGGAGUUUGACAAUGAUGUCGAUGCUCUGCUGGAGGAGGGCAUGCCGGUCCCAAAAAAGAUGCGUCCGUCGGAGGACAAAUAUGGCGGUGACAGCGAUCACCCGUCGGAUGGUGAAGGAGGUGUUCAGCCCAUGAUGACCAAAAUUAAGACUGUCUUGAAGAGUCGUGGGCGUCCCCCCACUGAGCCUCUACCAGAUGGAUGGAUCAUGACAUUCCAUAACUCGGGUAUUCCCGUCUACCUGCACAGAGAGACCAGGGUGGUUACCUGGUCCAGGCCCUACUUCCUUGGGACUGGCAGUAUUAGGAAACAUGACCCUCCUACCAGCAGCAUCCCUUGCCUACACUACAGGAAAAUGAAGAAUCGGGAGGAGAAGGAGCUCAAUGGGGACGUGACGCCCAAUGCAGACGUCACAUCCACAUUGACGCCCAAUGUGGACGUGACGCCCAAUGCGGAGGAGUCUCCUGUCAAGCCCAGCGAGGAGGCCAACGGUGAAGAGACGGCAGACAAGGCAGAUGCUGCAGCUGAGGAGCAGGACAUCGUCCCUCCUGCCAUUGUGACUGACGGUGAGCCAAAUGGAGAGGAUGCAACCAAUAACAGCCUGCAGAGUAAAAGGUCCCGCCUCUGUGACUUUGCCCACGGAGCCUUAGGACAAGUCAGGGCCAAGGUGGAGGUGUGCAAGGACGAGUCCAUAGAAAUUGAAGAGUUCCGCCUGUACCUGGAAAAAUGCUUUGACUUUGAACAAGUCACGGUGAAGAAGUUUCGUACCUGGGCUGAGCGGCGGCAGUUCAACAGAGACAUGAAGAGGAAGCAGGCAGAGACGGAGAGACCGAUCCUGCCUGCGAACCAGAAACUCAUCACGCUGUCGGUCCAAGAUGCUCCCACUAAGAAAGAAUUUGUCAUCAACCCUAACGGGAAGUCAGAAGUUUGCAUCUUGCAUGAAUAUAUGCAACGUGUCCUGAAGGUUCGACCUGUUUACAACUUUUUUGAAUGUGAGAACCCAAGUGAGCCCUUUGGAGCGUCGGUCAUUAUAGAUGGAGUAACGUACGGCACGGGAACCGCAAGCAGUAAAAAACUUGCCAAGAAUAAAGCUGCUCGAGCCACACUGGAAAUCCUCAUCCCUGACUUUGUGAAGCAGACCUCGGAGGAGAAGCCUGUUGAGGGCGAUGAACUGGAGUAUUUUAAUCAUAUCAAUAUAGAAGACUCGAGGGUGUAUGAGCUGACCAACAAAGCAGGACUACUUUCGCCAUAUCAGAUUCUUCAUGAGUGCCUUAAAAGAAACCAUGGGAUGGGAGACACGAGCGUCAAGUUUGAGGUGAUCCCGGGGAAAAACCAGAAGAGUGAAUAUGUGAUGACAUGUGGGAAGCACACCGUGCGAGGCUGGUGCAAGAACAAAAGAGUUGGCAAACAACUGGCCUCUCAGAAGAUCCUGCAGAUGCUUCAUCCUCACGUGAAGAACUGGGGCUCACUGCUGCGCAUGUACGGCAGAGAGAGCAAUAAGCUGGUCAAGAAGGAGAGCGCCGACAAGAGUGUGAUCGAGCUCCAGCAGUAUGCCAAAAAGAACAAGCCAAACCUCCAUAUCUUGAACAAACUGCAAGAAGAAAUGAGGAAACUAGCCAAGCAGAGGGAGGAAACGAGGAAGAAACCCAAGAUGACCAUAAUGGAGUCUGCCCAGCCUGGGAGUGAACCCCUCUGCACUGUCGACGUUUGAGUCUGGAAGUCGCUGAUGAACCACGGCACUGAAACCCAGUCACUGUCAGACAUCACACCCCCACCAUCCAACCCCUUAAUUAUGCGUCACUGAUGUCUAACGGCGAUGCCGUUCCACUUUGACCCGGCCGGUAGAACUGCUUGCAUCCUUCGCCUGUGUUUUAUUGGUUCAGCUGGUAAAAGUAAGGGGAGGUGUAAAUGCACGAACACACAUUAGAGCAAAUAUCGUCUACCUCUCUAGAUGCAGCCUCGCGAUGGCAGUUAGGGGGGGAGAGAAACGCACCCGGGCUGCAGAGAAGGUAACACAUGAACCACAUCAAAAUAGAAAUGCAUGCUUCUUUUGACCGAAAAAACCACUACACACCUUUUUGUUUUGUUUGGAAGUGUUGUUUUUAACAGUCACAGAGUACCAGCACCUAUUAGUUUAGUUUUGUGCUUCAAGUAUUCGAAAGGGACUACUAGUACUUGUGUAUUUAUACCAUUCAUUUUAUUAGGAAACGGCGUUACUUGUUUAUUGGUCGGUGUUCCCCCCUCUCAGAAUGGACAGCUGCUGUCUUGGUUUGCACGAUUUUAAAACAUGCGUUGUGAAGUGAUGACUAUUGAGAAAUAUUGUUAUGCACUUGUGUCCUGUCAAAUAUUUGUGUUGACUGAUCAUGCUGUUGGUACAGGAAUAACUGCAUCGGGGAUAUUUGAGGUACUUGUUGCCUUUAUUUUAUUUUUUCCUCCCCCUCGUUGCAUUGACAAUACUAGAAAGACGUCCAACACUGCAGUAAACCCAAGCACAGAGUACUAUAAUAUGUUCAUUUCUUUAAAGCUCUUAGUUCUUGCUCGCUUUCUAUUAAAGUACUAACGCCAAGCACACCAACUAACCAGUCGGUACAUUUCAGUCGCUUGUUUAGUUGCGGUGCCCUGAAGAGAUCAUGUUGAUGACGUGUUGCCUUAGUUAAUCCAUUUCAUGAAGGGCUCAGAGUAUAGUGCAUUACAUUGGACCUAAACCACCCUUCAACAGGAAGUGGAAAGACCAAGCCCCCUUUACCUGAUCAAGCAUUUAUUGUUUAGCCAAUUAGAAAUUGACUGCAGACGGCCUCUGAAACAUCAGAUACUCGAGGGAAAAAUGCCUCAAGCAUGUGCAGAUUUUUAAGACUCGUCUUAAUGGAUUGUGUGUUUGCCAUCGUUGUUACAGUAUUUUCUGACCACAAGUAGAAUGCAUUUUUACAAAAGGCAGCCUUUUUAAAAUGUACUUGGUACACUGACGUGAACAAACUGCGGUGAAGUCAUUUAGUCCAACAGAAGCUGAUGAACGUGUGUGUAUACCAAAGCUCACAUACAGUCUUAUGCAUUUUAUAGUUAAUGUUGCUGCAAACUGUACAGUAGAAACAUCUAUAUCACAGGAAAAUACAUAGACCCAUACUUGCUGGAACAAAAUAGAAACUGCUGUGCAUCUUUUGUCAAGUAUUUGGCCUAUGUUUUUUUUCUAUGAAAUAUUCAAGGACGUCAGUUUAACCACGAGGCUUGUUGUGAUAUUGUGAAUCGCUUUCAGAAUGUGCUUUCCCCUCCAUGCGUUUGUCUUGCCAGGUGUGUCAGUGUGAGAAGAAAAUACUGCUUUUCCAGGUGUUUCUGUUGAGUUGUACCAAUGAAUUGUUUGAGAUGUUGCUGCCUAGAAAAUGAAGUAUGUAUUGCAACCUGAGCUCCAUGACUUUAGCGAUAUGUUAUGCAAAUAAAAUGUCUUGACUAAUGAU